AUGACAGUGGGCAAACCUCUCCCAGGUGCUGAAAUGACACGAAUGUGCUUUGUUUUCCUGCUGAUGAGUAACGCCGCCUCGGUCUCCACACAGUUUAAUGGAUACAACUGUGAUGCCAGCUACCACAGCAGGUUUCCUGGUGAGCGUGACAUCAGUGUGUACUGCGGGGUUCAGACCAUCACCUUAAAGAUCAACUUCUGCCCUGUCCUCUUUUCCGGCUACACCGAAGCAGAUUUGGCCCUGAACAGUCGCCACAGUGACACCCAAUGCCGUGGCUUCAUCAACAACAACACCUUCCCCACAGCACUCCUGUUCAGCAUCAGCCUCAGCACCCUGGAGGCCUGCGGUAACAGUCUGGUGGUCAGCACAGCCUACGGGGCCAAUGCCUAUGGGAACAUGUCUCUUGUACAAAUUGGGAAUGUCGCAGGCUAUAUCGACACCCCUGACCCGCCAGCUAUAAUCAGCUACCUGCCUGGUUUGUUGUAUAAAUUCAGCUGCAGCUACCCGCUGGAGUACCUGGUCAAUAACUCACAGCUGGCAUCCUCCUCUGCGGCUGUAUCUGUCAAGGACAGCAACGGUACAUUUGUGAGCACAUUGAGUAUGAUCCUGUACAACGAUUCAACAUACAAUCAGCCUCUCUCUAUCCCAAUGGCUGGACUGGCUCUGAAAACCAGAGUAUUUGCUGCAGUGAAAGCCACAAACUUAGACAAACGGUGGAACAUCUUGAUGGACUAUUGUUACACAACCCCCUCAGGGAAUCCUAAUGAUGAACUCCGCUAUGACCUUUUCUUUGGCUGCUACAAAGACCCACAGACGACAGUUUUCGAGAAUGGGAAGAGUCAAAUGGGACGUUUUUCCUUUGAGGUUUUCCGUUUUGUCAAACACAGACACCAGAAAAUGUCCACUGUGUUUCUGCACUGUGUCACAAAGCUCUGCCGGGCGGACGACUGCAUCAUGCUCAUACCUAUUUGUGGGCGACGGCGCAGGCGGGAUGGAGAGGAGAGACUCGAUUCCCCACCAGCAGCAUCUGGAAACGCGGUCAUCACAGCUGGGCCAAUCAUCACCAGGAGUGAUGAAACUCCUGUCAACAUCUCCCAACUUGCAUCUGGAGACCCCUCCCAGCCAAUGAACCCAGUGACCAGCGCUCUGAUCUCAGGCGUGGUCAUUCUAGGCGGGGUCAGCGUGAGCUUCUUCCUGUUGUCGCUCCGCCUCUUGCUGAAGUCCCGCCUCCCAACAACCACAGCUUCAGGUGUUUGGAACCCCACCUUUAAAUGA